GGUCUUUCACGUCACUGCUGAACAAGGGGUUGUGCGACGAUGAUGGCAGUGCAAAGGUUGAUCUCAGCUUUCAGUUGUCCAACAGCAGCAGAGCAGCGGCAACGCACACUCGGAUCAUCAAUCCCCACCCGGGUGUGGAUUGCGUGGACAACACGCACGGUGGUGUGUGCGGGCCACGAGAUGGCGGUGUGCCUCAAUCGCUUCGUGAAGGUGGUGGUAAUCGGAAUGAGUCGACGUCGACCGUCGGCGGAGGAGUCGGUGCGCAUGAACGUCCGGAGUGGAUGCGGUUGUCACCUGCGUCGCGAAGCGGAUCCGGCGCACCUCCUCGAUGGCACUGCACGACAGCGGCCGGAGGAUUUGAGUGACGAAGGUGCGGACGUGCAUCGCAAUGGCAGGCAGUUGUGGGCAGAGUGCAGGCAGACCUUGCAUCAACGUGGAACGGAGACAAUAACGAGAGGGGUGCAACGGCUCCACGUGGACGAAGGGGACAAAGCUGCUGUUGAGGAGGCCCAGGGGUAUGACAACGUUGACGGUGACGACGAUUGCAACUCUGACGAUUUGCCAGACAUUAGGCCGCUGGGGAGGAAGGCGACGAAUGGCAGAACGACUGCGAGGAAGGGUCCCUCUACAAAAAGUCGACGGAGCAAGAAAAUGGAUGACGACACGGGCCGGAGCGAUGGCGAGGGCGGCCGAAAUUUCUGGUCGGUCGGAGACACGAUCGCAUUCGUCAGGGCAAAAGGGAUCAAGAUCUGUAUAUCGUCGGCAUGGGCACUAGUUUCGCCCGCAUGAAAACGAGGGAGUGGAAGUGGGAGGACGUGCGGGCGAGGUUGCUGUCGAUGGGUGUGACGAGGGAUGUCGUCGAUUGCAGGAAGAAA